AUGAAUCCGGUGAAACAACUUUGGAAAAAAGUGAGCAGUGACUUUGGAAAAAUCCAUGGAAUCGUCCAAUUUGCGCAUGAUUGGAAGGUAGGGGCAUUGUGCACCGUUGGAGUUAGCGUGCUCUCUUGGGUUGCGACGGCCGCCUCUUGUGCUUUUAUUGCCAAAGCACAAGGGCAAAGGGCAGCGGCGGCAGCUGCAGUUCAAGCGGCGGCGGUGGCAGCUGCAGUUCAAGCUGAGGAGGCGGCAGCAGCAGCAGUGGCAGCUGCAGCUCAAGCGGAGGAGGCGGCAGCAGCGGCGGUGGCAGCACAAGUGGGGGAAGAGGAAGCGGCAGCGGCGGCGGAGGCGGCAUGCCAAGCACCCCCUUCUCCUCCUCCAGUGGUGGUUGUGGUGGUUCUCCUCUCCUCUUGA